AUUUCAGAUCCACAAAAGCAAAAGUUUUUGGAUAAAAACAGAAACAGAAACAAACUCAAAAAAGCUUCUUUCUUUCUUACAACACUUGACAACAUGUCUGAAAACGAUAUCCACCACCACCACCCUGCUCCUCCUCCUCAUCCGCCGCCGUCCACGUCAUCAUCACCACCGCCUAAAUCAUCUCGCCCCACCACCAUAACUCUCCCGCCACGCUCCUUCAAUGAAACAUUCUUCUCCAGUAAUACUUCUACUACUACUACGCCAAAUUUGGGCUUGGGCUUUAGUCCGGGCCCCAUGACUCUUGUCUCUAGCUUCUUCUCCGACUCCGAUGACUUCAAAUCAUUCUCUCAGCUCCUCGCCGGCGCCAUGUCCUCUCCCGCCGCCGUCGUGAAAGCUCCUGCCUUUCCUGUUUCAUCAACAGAAGACUGUAAAGUCUCCGCCGGAGAUACUUCCCGGCCGGCGAAUUUGUCGGUUGUGCCUCCCCCGCCGAUGUUUAGUCCGAUGGGUCUUCUUGAUUCACCUGGGUUCGGUCUAUUUUCUCCCCAGGGAGCCUUUGGAAUGACACACCAGCAGGCCUUAGCGCAGGUUACUGCUCAGGCUGCACAUUCCCAUAUGCAAAAUCAAGCACAGUAUUCGUCGUCUUUAACACCGGUUACGGAAAUGUCUUCUGCACAAUUUUCAUCCAUCAGUACUGAUUCAACUAUGCAACAGCAGAUGCUAGCGUUGAAUCCAAAUCCUAGUACGUAUGUAAAGGAAUUGUCGGAUGUUAACUGUGCUGAUCAAAGAUCCUUAGCUUGUGCUGUUAGUGUCGAUAAACCAGCUGAUGAUGGCUACAACUGGAGAAAAUAUGGGCAGAAACAGGUGAAAGGUAGUGAAUUUCCUCGAAGUUAUUACAAAUGUACGCAUCCCAACUGUCCUGUCAAGAAAAAAGUUGAGCGGUCUCUUGAUGGUCAAGUAACUGAAAUUAUCUACAAAGGGCAACACGGCCAUCAACCUCCGCAAUCCAAUAAGCGUGGGAAGGACGCUGGAAAUUUGAAUGGAAAGUUGAAUAAUCAGAGUAAUCUUGAACUAGCUUCCCAGUUUCAAAGUGGCAGUGUGAACAAAUUGACAGAAAGGAAUUAUCAGGAAUCAAGCCAGGCUACACGUGAACAGAUAUCUGGGACAAGCAGCAGUGAAGAAGUUGGUGAUUCUGAAACUGGUGGAGAUGAAAAUGAUGACGAUGAACCCAAUUCCAAGAGAAGAAAUACAGAAGUCAAGGUAACAGAGCCAGUUUCUUCGCACAGGACUGUCACGGAGCCCAGAAUCAUUGUCCAGACCACCAGUGAAGUUGAUCUUUUAGAUGAUGGAUAUAGAUGGCGCAAGUAUGGGCAGAAAGUUGUCAAAGGCAAUCCUUAUCCAAGGAGCUACUAUAAAUGCACAACUGCAGGCUGCAAAGUUCGAAAACAUGUUGAGAGAGCUGCAAGUGACCGAAGAGCUGUAAUAACAACAUACGAAGGCAAACAUAACCAUGAUUUACCAGCUGCUAAAGGAAGCAGCCACAAUGCAGCUAAUAGUUAUUCAUCCGAGUUGAAAAAACAAAAUGCAGAGAGGUUUGCUGUAAAUAACACAAGAGACUUAAACGCCGCUAAUCAACAACCUAUAGCACGAUUGCGGUUGAAAGAGGAGCAGAUAACAUAGUUCGUCUGAAUUAUUGCAGAAAUACAUCAUCCAUUUUCAUUGGAUAAGAAACACCUGUAAGAUAUCUUUGCCACAAUUAUGAUUUUUCAUGCUAUAUUAGGCCAAUGUUUUGAUAAUGGCCCAUGUUACCAACUACAAUUUACACACGGAAGAGGAAAUUUUAAAGACAAGAUAGAUGACAGUCAAUCUGAGGUAAACUUUCUUGGAUUGCUGUAUUUACACAGUAUAGUAUAGUAGGUAUAAUUCAUUGAAAAUCCUGUUUUGUGGAUUCUUUUGUACAUUAUCUAAAAGUAAUGUUGCAUAUAGAAAUUAUACAGUUAAGUUUGGAUUUGAUAUUUGAUUAUGCACAUAUUUUUUUACCA